UCACAAUGGCUGCGUUAAACAAGGAUUUUUUCAGAGAAGCACAACCGUCAGAAUUAGCAUUAUUUGACCUUCCACCAACCCAAACAGCCGUGGAAAACAUUUACUAUCAAGAUGUGUUACCGAUAUCACAGAUAACGAGUGACUCGGUCGUCGAGUUUGUCGUUAGUGGACAAAACGGACUAGAAUUGAUCGAUCUGCGGAACACUUUAAUAUAUGCAAAGGUAAAAAUAACAAAAGCAGACGGAAGCGCCAUCGGUCUUGCAGAGGACGUGGCUCCCAUCAAUUUGUUUUUACCUUCUCUAUUUUCACAAGUGGACGUCACGUUACAGGGGAAGACCAUCGUGUCUACGACUGGUCAUUAUCCCUACAAGGCCUAUAUCAACAAUCUUCUACAAUAUGGUGAUGAAACGAAAAAGACGCAGCUAACUACUCAACUGUGGAUUCAAGAUAAAGAGGGGUCAAUGGAUCAGCAUAGCCCUAGAACCGGUUCAAAUGGAUCUUUGCUAGAGAGAGCUCAGAUGUUUGAAGGUGGGAAAGUGUUAGAUUUGGUCGGUCCAAUCUAUCACGAUUUAUUCAAGAUGGAUAGGUAUUUAUUGAAUCAAGUCAACGUCAAUGUGAAGCUAUACAGAUCUAAACCGAGUUUUUGUCUGUUGUCCGGUACAGCAGCUCCCGAUUACAAGGUAACAUUCGAAGACAUUCGAUUGCGAGUGAGUAAAGUCAGAGUCAACCCCGCUGUCAUUUAUGCGCAAAGUCAAGCACUCGAGAUGACCAAUGCAAAAUAUCCAUUUACACAGACCAUGAUAAAACAAAUGACCAUACCUAUCGGAGCGACAAACUUUACCUAUGAUAAUAUUUUUCAAGGUAUGAGACCAAACACCGUAGUGGUUGGUUUUGUAAAUGCUGCAGGAACUACCGGCGACUAUGAAGAGAACCCUUGGUUUUUUCAACCGUAUGACGUCACAUCUAUAGGGCUAUACGUGGAUGGAAUACCAGUAGGUGGAACUCCUUUAAAACUCAAGUACAGUGCGACUGGUGGAGAAACCACCAUUCCCGUCCUACAGAACAUGUUGCAAUCGACUGGGAAAUGGCUCAACGAUAGUGAUUCCGGCAUAGACAGAGAUGACAUUGCACAAGGGUAUGCACUUUAUACCUUUGAGUUGGAACCUACCUUUCAAACAAACCAAUAUCUCACCUUACUCAAACAGGGAAACGUCAGACUGGAAGUCAUCAUCGGAACGGCAUUGACGACUGUGGUAUCUUGCAUCAUUUACUGUGAAUAUCCGGGUUACUUUGAAAUCAACGCUGCCAGAGACAUAGUGUUACCAUGAAUACCUCACAGUUGCGCUGCAUGAUAGACUGUGAUCCUGUAAUGAGAAAAACAAUAAUGG